AUGACUCUGCCCCACAGCCCCGGAAAUGUGGGGGAGCCCCGGCCCCCCCAGGCCGUGGAGGUCGUCCACCGGCUGGAGCACCGCCAGGAGGAGGCGCACAAGGAGGAGCGGCAGCACCACCUACACAUGGGUUCCUCAGUGCGGAGGAGAACCUUCCGCACCAGCGAGGAAGAGUUUCAGUUCACCGCCGCAGACUACGCCCUCGCAGCAGCCCUGGCUCUGACAGCCUCCUCAGAGACAUCUUGGGAGGCCCAGCUGAGGCGCCAGACCUCUGCGGUGGAGCUGGAGGAGCGAGGGCAGAAGCGGGUGGGCUUCGGCAAUGACUGGGAGAGGACGGAGAUCGCCUUCCUUCGGACCCAGUGGCUGCUGCGCCAGAGACGCGACCGAAAGGCACUGAGACGACGGACGGAGGAGAAGGUCCGGGAGGCCAAGGAGCUGAGAGAGCUGUGUUCCGGCCGGGGGCCCUGGUUCUGGAUCCCUCUGCGCUCCCAUGCCGUCUGGGAGCACACCACAGUUCUGCUGACCUGCACUGUCCAGGCCUCGCCUCCACCCCAGGUCACCUGGUACAAAAACGACAUGCGAAUCGAUCCCCGCCUCUUCCCCGCGGGAAAGUACCGAAUCACCAACAACUAUGGGCUGCUGACGCUGGAGAUCAGGAGAUGCACCAUUGAGGACGCAGCCACCUACACAGUGAAGGUGAAGAAUGCAUACGGCCAGGCCUCCUCCUUCGCCAAGGUCCUCGUCCGAACCUACGUGGGGAAGGAUGCUGGCUUCGAUUCGGAGAUCUUUAAAAGACUGAUGUUUGGCCCCAGCGUGGAAUUCACAUCGGUGCUGAAGCCGGUCUUUGCCCGAGAGAAGGAACCCUUCUCCCUGUCCUGCUUAUUUUCGGAUGAUGUGUUAGAUGCUGAGCAGAACAUCCAGUGGUACCGAGAUGGGAGACUACUGAGACCCUCGGGUCGCCGACAGAUCCUCUACGCAGACCGCCAGGCAUUCCUGAAGGUGUCCUGUGCCUACAAGGAGGAUGAGGGGCUCUAUACCGUCCAGGUGCCUUCGCCCUUCGGGCCCCAGGAUCAGAGCGCCUACGUGUUUGUGAGAGAUGCGGCAGCCGAGAAGCCGGGGGCCCCAGGCUCCCCUCUGAACGUCCGCUGCCUGAAUGUGAACAGAGACUGCCUCAUCCUGACCUGGACCCCGCCCAGCGACACCCGGGGCAGCCCCAUCACCGGCUACUCCAUCGAGCGGUGCCAGGGCGAGUCUGGGCAGUGGGUGCCCUGCCACGAGGCCCCCAGUGGGACCUGCCGGUGCCCUAUCCAAGGCCUCAUCGAAGGCCAGAGCUAUCGGUUCCGGGUGAGAGCCGUCAGCAGAGCGGGUGCCAGCCUCCCCUCCAAGGCUUCAGAACUGGUUGUCAUGGGCGACCAUGACGAAGCCCGGAGAAAGAAAGAGAUCCCCUUUGACCUGGGAAACAAGAUCACGGUCAGCACAGAUGAUUUUGAAGACUUUGUGACCAUCCCCUUACCUCCGACCAAUGUCCACGCCAGUGAGAUCCGUGAUGCCUACGUGGUUCUGGGCUGGGAUGAGCCAAGGCCUCGGGGCAAAGCCCCACUGACAUACUCUCUGGAGAAGUCGGUCAUAGGUAGUGGCACCUGGGAGGCCAUCAGCUCAGAAACUCCUGUGAAAUCUCCAAGAUUCGCCCUUUUGGAUCUGGAGAAAGGGAAGUCCUAUGUCUUCAGAGUGCGAUCAGUAAACCAGUAUGGCAUGAGUGAUCCAUCGGAGCCCAGCGAGCCCAUCGCCUUGAAGGGGAAGCCAGCUACUCUGCCUCCUCCAGCUCAAGUUCAAGCGUUCCGAGACACGCAGACCUCUGUGUCCCUGACCUGGGACCCGGUGAAAGGCCACCCAGAGCUCCUGGGCUAUUACAUCUACUCCCGGGAAGCAGGAUCAUCUGAGUGGCAAACAGUUAACAACAAACCCAUCCAGGGCAACAAGUUUACGGUCCCUGGGCUGAGGACGGGGAAACAGUACGAGUUUUGUGUCCGAUCAGUCAGCGAGGCUGGGGUAGGUGAGAGCUCAGCGACCACCGAACCCAUCAGGGUCAAGCAGGCUCUGGCCACGCCAUCUGCCCCAUAUGAUUUCGCGCUCCUGAGCUGUGGGAAAAAUGACAUGGUCAUUGGGUGGAAGCCCCCCAAGCGUCGUGGAGGCGGCAAGAUCCUGGGCUACUUCCUGGACCAGCACGACUCAGAGGAGCUGGACUGGCACCCGGUCAACCAGCAGCCCAUCCCCACCCGGGUCUGCAAGAUCAGUAACCUUCGUGAAGGCCACUUCUACGAGUUCCGUGCCCGGGCGGCAAACUGGGCAGGUGUUGGCGAGCUGUCGGCGCCCAGCAGCCUGUUUGAGUGCAAAGAGUGGACGAUGCCCCAACCAGGCCCCCCGUAUGACGUGCAGGCGUUCGAGGUGCGGGCCACCUCCCUGAUGCUGAAGUGGGAGCCCCCCCUUUACACCGGGGCUGGGCCGGUCACAGGCUACCUCGUCAGUGUCCAGGAAGAAGGCUCUGAACAGUGGCAGCCAGUCACCCCAGACCGCAUCUCUGGCACCCACCUGAGGGUCUCUGGCUUGCAAGCGGGAAAGAGGUACAGGUUCCAGGUUCAGGCCGUGAAUUCAGCGGGUCCGGGACAGCCAUCCAUGCCCACCGACCCCAUACUCCUGGAAGACAAGCCAGGUGCUACACUAGGUCCUCACACGGCCCGGCCCUCCCAACAGGCCCCUGGGUCCAAGGUCAUCCUGAAAGAGCCUGGCCUUGAGGAUUUGGGCACCUACUCAGUAGUGGUCACCGAUGCUGACGAAGACAUCUCGGCCAGCCACACGCUGACUGAGGAAGAGUUGAACAAGCUGAAGAAGUUGAGCCAUGAGAUCAGAAACCCAGUGAUCAAGCUGAUCUCUGGCUGGAACGUUGACAUCCUCGAACAAGGAGAGGUGCGCCUGUGGCUGGAAGUGGAAAAGUUAUCUCCCGCCGCUGAGCUGCAUCUAAUCUUCAACGAGAAGGAGAUCUUCAGCUCACCGAACCGCAAAAUCAAUUUUGACCGAGCGAAGGGCCUGGUGGAAGUGAUCAUCCAGAACUUGUCGGAGGAUGACAAAGGAUCCUAUACUGCUCAGCUCCAGGAUGGAAAAGCCAAAAACCAGAUCACCCUGGCACUGGUGGAUGACGAUUUUGACAAACUUCUGCGGAAAGCGGACGCUAAGAGGAGAGACUGGAAGAGAAAACAGGGUCCCUAUUUCGAGGAGCCCUUGCAGUGGAAGGUCACGGAGGACUGCCAAGUGCUGCUGACAUGCAAGGCAACCAACACCAAGAAGGAAACCUGCUUCCAGUGGUUCUUCCAGAAGAAAGAGACACCGGACGGUCAGUACGACCCACAGACUGGAGUGGGAAUCCUGUGCAUCGAGGAGCUGUCCAAAGAGGACAAGGGAAUUUAUAGAGCAACGGUUUCUGACAAUCGAGGGGAGGAUGACACCAUACUGGACCUCACAGGUGAAGCCCUGGAUGCCAUCUACACUGAGCUGGGCAGGAUUGGUGCCCUCUCUGCAACCCCGCUGAAAAUCCAGGGAACCGAAGAGGGGAUCCGGAUCUUCAGCAAGGUCAAGUACUACAAUAUCCAGUACAUGAAAACCACCUGGUUCCACAAAGAAAAACGCCUGGAGAGUGGUGAUCGGGUGAGGGCUGGCACCACCCUGGAUGAGAUCUGGCUCCACAUCCUGGACCCCAAGGACUCAGACAAGGGCAAAUACACCCUGGAGAUAGCCGCCGGGAAGGAUACCCGGCAGCUCUCAACUGAUCUCUCGGGACAAGCUUUUGACGACGCCUUGGCUGAGCACCAGAGGCUGAAAGCCUUGGCCAUCAUCGAGAAGAAUCGUGCCAAGGUGGUGAGGGGCUUGCCAGAUGUAGCCACCAUCAUGGAAGAUAAGCACCCCAAAAACCUCAUCACCUACCAAGAGGUGUUCAUGGACCUCCCCAAGUAA